AUGCCAUCGCCAACCAUAGACCUCCUUUCUUCCCAGCAGAACUCUACAUUCUAUUCGCCCACCCCUUUUUGGCAGCAGGAACUUUCUUCUUCAUCGAUCCAAUCAAACCUUCAACAACUCCUUUUUGACGAAAACUCUGUUCCAUUCGAGGGAUUCUCCGUUCCCCCCGAGUAUGCUUGGGACCCUCUGACCGACAGCGGAUCAAGACUUCUUGCAACCUUCGCCGGCGCAGAUAUAUUGCCCGCAAGCUUGGAUACUCCUGAGUACCUUCUCAGCACCUCUGAUCUGUCAAUUACUCAGGAGGAGAAUACAACAGCAGCAGAAUCAGUCAAUCAAUCGAAUAUCUUGUCUUCCAGGAGGGCAGCUUCCAGACCCCAACGACAGAGGUCGUUCAAGCUCCGGGUCGACAGACGGAUCGAUAUGUACAGGGAACCAGAGAAUCGGGAUGCCGACCAGCCUAACAACAACAAACUUCAAACCAGAAUGCCGCUACACCUCAACGAGUGGUAUGGGUCCUCUUCCCCCCCUCCGCCACCUCUGAGCCCACUCGGGGUCGUCGACACCAAUAGAUUCCAAUCCUCCCUGGUUCAGUCCCUGGCCAACCUGACCACCUCCAGCCCCAACCUCGUUUGUCUUUCUCCUCCCGCCUUUUCUACCGCGUUCGGGCAAAGCCCUUUUGCCUUCUCUGACAGCAAACGAUCUGUCUCGAUUUCAUCUGAUCACCUUUCAGGACUAUACACCCAGAGCGACGAGGAUAUUAAUAACAGUAACAACAACAAAGAUAAGGACAACAACGACCACGACAACAACAAGGUCACUGCCACCGCCGUCGAGGAGGAAGAUGACGAGAGCGACCGCCGGUUCCAAUGUCCCAUCUGCCCAAAACGUUUCCUCCGCCAAUAUAAUCUCAACGCCCACCUCAAUACCCACUCGCAGGUGCGGGCUCAUGCCUGCACUCAGUGCGACAAAUCUUUCCUCCGACCUUACGACCUCGCUCGCCACCAACGGAUCCACUCCAACAGCAAGCCCUACACCUGUAACAUCUGUCAGUUGAUCUUUAUCCGGAACGACGCCAUCUGGAGGCACUACCGACGCGCCCAUCCUGGGCAUCCUGAUGUCCCACCCGCCCGGCGCCAAAGAAGACCACAGCGCAUCAGUAUUAGCCCUUGA